UGCAAUCUGAGGCAGUUUCAGAUAACUUUAACAAAUUUUAUUUUUUAGCAAAUGGUUUGCCAAAAUUAUUUCAUUUAGCAAACAAUUUCACCUGAAAUAUGAAUCAUCAAUUGAGGCCCAUGAGGAUAGAUACACCAUACAGAUACAGGCAACACUACCUAAGACGUAAAGUGGGAAUCUGACGUUCCUUUUGUUCUUGCAGCCCUGAACAGACAAUUUGGUCUGCUGUUACACACUUGUUGCUCAUUCCUGGAGAGAAAGAGAGAAAACACUUCACCGAACCACAUUUUGGUCACCACCACAUCAAGAAUCACCCCCAAUUCCCAUCAACUGUACUAAAAGACACUGCUUGAGUUGCACAGCAAACAAAUUGCCACAAGAAAAAAGACAAAAAUGGAUGAUCUGGUAAAAGGAAACAGAGAGAUAAUUUAUGACUUCUUCAUAAGCUCUUGCCCCUUGGGCUGCAUUUGGCCCAAAAAUGAUGCCCGUUUGAUAGUCAAAGUAGGUGAUGAAUGUAAAAUUUAUCGCAAAACAGGUAACGAACAUGCCGAGGCAAAAUUUCUAGAGGAGUUGGAAGAAGCAAUGAAUGAUGAUCAAAAAGAAUUCACUCUGUAUGGAAAUUACUCUCCAUGUGAUUCUUGUUCAAGCAAAAUCUUAGAAUUUUUAGGCAAACACAUCGACGUGACAUUCAACAUUCGAUUUGCCCACCUGUACAUCAGACUGGCUUAUGAACAAGCGAUCCACAUAGAAUUAAACAACUUGGACCAGCACGAACACAUUAAUCUGAGAGCAAUGAGGGGGCAGGAUUGGAUAGAAAUAGUACGACUUAUUUCUAUUAAAGAAAACUUUAAUGCAUGGGAGACAGAAUGGCAGAAUGUGCAACAGCAUCUACAAGAGUGGGCAACAACAAAGCAACGCAUUAUCGGUUCACAAACUGACUGGAACAAUGAAUUAGGUAUGUUUGUCACAGCAAAAUGGAACAAACGCAUACCUCAGCUACAAGCUGUAGAUAACGAGUUGCCCCUUCAUGAUGAUGAAAACUGGGUAAACAAUCAAGUGGGACAUAAGGACCACAAUGAUGCAAUGCAACUUCUCCACAACUGUGGUGAGAACAGCCUUAACACUGUGCUAGAAAACAUUGACCAUGACAACGAAACGGGAUAUGCUUUCCUGUUACAUGUGCUUCAAAUCUUAGGACAUGAUGAAGCAGGACAUGAUGAAGCAGGACAUGAUGAAGCAGGACAUGAUGAAGCAGGACAUGAUGAAGCAGGACAUGAUGAAGCAGGACAUGAUGAAGCAGGACAUGAUGAAGUGGGACAAACAAAACUGCUGCGAAAGCGCAUUGUUGCAGACUAUACAGCGCAAAAAGAACUGGAGUACAUAUUGCAAGGGCAAAAUCAAGGAGCAAAUCAGGCUCAAGCU